UGGUUUUGUUAACUUCUGGGCUGAGGAGGUGAUUUCGAUGGCCAUGGGACUGCAUGCCAUCAUUUUACUCUGUGCUGUUGUGGCAGGAGCUUCAGGGAGAUCCUUGGAGAGUUUACAUUAUGGAGCUUCCUGUUUUGCUGAGUGUGUAGGACACAGUGCAUCGUACUUUCCCAAAAGAGCUAGAUACAGCUACAGGUAUUCAGCAGUCACCAACACAUUCCUGCAGGGAAGUAUUUACAAAAGCAGUGGCAUCUCCCUGGAGAGCACAGUGAUCAUUGAGGUAUUGGGGAACUGCCAGAUGGCUUUGAAAGUGCAAGAUGUACAGAUUAAGAAAAAUCUUGCAUCCAGAGAGGAACCUCUGAAGGAAAUGGACAGUCUAAGGAAAAUACUAGAAGAGCAUCCUCUUCAUUUUUCUUUCCAUGAUGGGAAAGUUCUGAAGCUCUGUCCUGUGAGGAGCGAACAGACCUGGGCACUGAACAUAAAGCGAGGCAUUCUCAGUGUCCUGCAGACAUCACAAGCAUCCACUGCUAGUGCAGUUGUUGAAGAGGUGGAUGUUCUGGGAAUAUGUCCAACAAGGUAUCAGCGAAAAGGUCCUAUUCUUAUCAAGACAAGGGACUUGAACCUCUGUUCUCAUCGGUAUUCUGGUUUUACUUCUGUGCAGUCUGUUGUUCUUCCUCAUAUGUCGUCUGAGCAGCAGAUCCUGUCCUCCAAUCUGGAAUGUGUUCAGAGCAUUAAGGAUGGAGUCCUGGCAGAGGCCAAAUGUGCUGAGUCCAACCUUCUUGCACUGUUCUCUCAGAAGGGCAGUGGGGCAAAGACACAGACACAGUCUUCGCUGAAACUCUUUCAAGUGGAAACAGAGACACUGUACAAAAAAGUGGACUAUGAGGAUCUGUAUGUGACCAGCAUGCUCUAUGAAAGGGAAGAAACUGAGAGGACAGUCACUGGAGGGGAAGUGACUGAACUGGUGUGGAAGCUUUGCUUGGCACAUAGUACAAGUUUUGAGACUGCAGACCUUUUCAUGACUCUUGUCUUUGAGCUUCGACAUCUUUCUCUUGAGACCUUAAAAGUUCUAUGGCAAAGAUCUUCAUUUAAAUGCAGAGACAACUGGCAGCCACUAAUAGAUGCUCUCCCAUCUUGUGCUACAGAGGCAUGUGUUGUCCUAAUGAAAGAAAUUAUAGCUUCUGGAGAAGUUGAGGAAGACAAAGUGGAAUAUUUCUUCUGGUCAUUUUCAUUCAUUCCUAAACCCACCUCAGGCAUGAUUGAAUCUCUUGCUCCUUUGCUGAAGUCACCAGGAGCAAGCCAGAGCUGCUUCUUAGGAGUAACUGCUCUCUUACAUAGAUUUUGUUCAGCUUACAAUUCCUGUGGUGGUGUACCUGCUGUGCAGAGUGUGAUGAGGACUCUUGGGAAAUUUUUGGGAGGAAACUGUACUGUGCAAGAUUCAGAACGACUCAGCAAAAUGCAAUUGGUGUUAAAAGCCAUUGGAAAUGCAGGACUGGCAGCAGCGUCACUAGCUCCUGUUUUGAGUUUGUGUGCUUCCCUGAAAAGUAAUCCGAUCGAAAUCCGUCUAGCUGCUAUCCAGGCCUUCAGGCGCAUUCCCUGUUCUGUCAGGAAUGCUAUAUUAGUUCAGCUGUAUGAAGCAACCAGUGAAGAUGUGGAAAUAAGGAUUGCUGCUUAUUAUAUAGCAAUGAAAUGUCCACAUGAAGAGUUAUUUAAACAAGUACAAAAGACUUUGCUGAAAGAAACAUCCAGUCAAGUGGGCUCCUUUGUUUGGAGUCAUCUCUCUCAGCUCCUGGAGACGGAUGAUCCAUUGAAGGAGCACCUUCGAAAUUCUAUUCCUGAUGAAAUCCUUAGCAGAGAUUUUGACCAGGAGACAUGGAAAUACUCCUCAUAUUCUGAUGUCACAUUCCACUCAGCUGGUGCAGGUGCAAAUAUGGAAGCAUCAGUGGUCUUUUCUCCUGCAUCUUUUCUACCACGAUCAGUCAUGACAAAUUUGACCAUUCACCUUAUGGGGCAGGCUAUAAAUAUACUGGAGAUUGGUGUACGAUUAGAGAAUGCUGAAGCUCUCGUGCAGAAGAUUUUUGGGCAGAAGUCUGCUACUUUCAGUGACUAUUUUUUUGCAAACACUAACGAAAGAAACCACAAGUCAGAAAACCCAGUGGAAACAACAGAAAAAAUCAAGCAGAGGAAGCUGACUUCAAAGCGAUACAACCCCGCUGAUCAUCUUGUGACCAAGUCUGGCAAGCCAAAGUUGAGAAAAGCUAACCAGAAUUGUCCUGGUAGAAAGUACACCAAGAUGAGUGAGUUAGUCAAAAAGUUCACUGAGACAACGGUGAGAAAGGAGGCGCUGAAGUGUGAGCUGAGCAUGAAAAUCUUUGGAAAUGAACUUAGUUUCUUGGAUUGUGAAGAUUUAAGAAAACAAAUGAAACAUUAUUCUUUAAAUCUGGCUGAACUGGCUGUCAAACUUCUGAAGGGGCAAGAGGUCCAGUUUAAUAAAAGACUGAGUUUGGCCACCGAAGAAUUGCAAUUUCCAGCAAUUUCAGGCUUUCCUGUUCAGCUGGCAGUCAAUGCCUCAGCAGCCAUUAACAUAAAAAUCAAAGGGAAUGCGGAUUUCAAACAGCAGUCAAAUUUCUUUCUAAAUAGUUAUAUCAAGCCAAGUGCGUUUGUCCAGCUUUCUGCCCGAAUGGGAACUGUGGGGACUCUGGGACAAGCUGGCCUAAGCUGGUUAACAGGAAUGAGGACAUCUACUAGUCUUGAUGGGGGAAUCCAGGUGAAAAAAGGGAAAGAGCUCAAAGUUUUUUUGAACACUCCAGAAGAAUCUAUGGAGAUAAUUAAUUUCAGUUCUAAACUCUACUUCAUAAUGGCGGAUGAGACAGAAGAUACAGAUGUUUUCCAAGACCACACAGAAACCAGAUCUUGCACUAGGGAGGAAGUGUCUGAGAUUAUUGGCUGGCAGCUGUGUUCUGAAAUGUCAUACCCUGACCCAGCUAGCGGUUUGUUUUUCCCCCUUACUGGACCUUUGAGAGUGAUUGUCACAUUAACUAAGCAAGACAGAGGUCUGCAGCAGUAUCUUGUGGAAGCUGCAUAUAACUAUAUUCCUCAGGACAAUUCCUGGAUCCCAAGUGAAGCUGUCCUUCACUUCUUCAUUGGGACUCCAAAGUCAGACUUGAAAAGGGAUGUUGGUGUUGACCUAAAUUUUAGUGUAAGACAGAAGAAGUUCAGAAUUCAAUUUAUACAACCUAAAAAAAAAAUCGAGAUCGAUGGGAGAAUUGAGUUUUCUAAAAAUUCACGAAUUGGCCACCUGGAGCUGAUAGUAGAUGACCAAGAUGUAUAUUACAUUAAGGGAAUGACAGAUUUGCAGACAUUGAGUGGAGAGCAGAGAUACAUGACCCAACUGGAGGUGAAGCUGGUAAAGCAAAGCAGUCCUAUCAUUCUGUCAGGAAACAUCACUAAACAACUUGGCAAGAAGAUAGCUUUUUCAGUAUCGCUGAAUAAUUUGUUGAAGGAUGCUGCAUUUCUUUCAGCAUUUCUGGAGAAGAAGGUUGAUGAUAAGCUGAGACAAUAUUCAUUGGAAGGGGAGACUUACCUUCCAGGUGUUCUUGGAGUUCACAUCAUUGGUCUUCUCCAGCAACGUGAGGGAUUGUGGUCUCAUGGUUUGAGGAUAAAAUACGGACUCCUAGGAGAGGCAAAAAAUCUUCAUCAUGAAUGCGGUAUGCGACAAAAGAUUAAAGUGGAGACAGGUGCACACGGCGUGUACAAACUUGAUACUGGGCAUGAAUUUCACUGUGUGCAGACUCCGACCUAUAAUCACAAGGUUCACCUGAAACAUGAAGCGAGUGCAUCUUGGCUUUCCUCGCAGAUGGAAGUGAACUAUGGGAAACACUGGGAUGAAAUAAACAACAAGAAGAAACUGUUGAUCAGCCAGGCAUUUAAGAACAGUUCCAGUUCAUCUCUAGUCAACUAUUUCAUGGAGUUUACCGUGCAAGUCCUGGAAAAACAGGUGAAUUAUAGAACCCAGCUGCAGCACUCACACAACUCUCAAGCUUAUUUGCAGAGCAACACCAAGUUCGAGGUGCAGUAUAAUGACCACGUGCCAUUUGUGGCUGGGCUGCAGUGGAAAGACACAUCCAGAAGUGGCCUGAAGAACUGGGAAGGUGGAUUAAAUAUAGACACCCCAUGGCUAUAUCUAUAUGCAGCCCACAAACUACAUCAGCCUCAGCAUUCUACUUAUUUAUUGACUAUGAAGCUGACAACUGGAAAAGCUCUCUCCAUUAAGAAUCUCGUAGUGGAACUGUUCUAUAAAGAUCAAGGCAAUGAAAAGGAAGGGAAAGUUCACAUUUACACGCCAGCUACUACAUACCUGCAGGCAUCCACAUAUAAUCAUCUUGGGAGGAAUGUUCUGCAUAGCUACAGUGAAAUGAUAUCUCUGUGGAAUCGCCUUGUGAAGAAUGAGAUUCUUUUGGAGAAUAAUGAGCAAGCCAAGUUUCUGUGCUUUAAGAUAAAGUGUACAAAACAUGAAUUUAACUUCACAGCCAGCUAUCAGAAUCUGCCAAUGCCUAAGAAGACAAACUUUUCUGUGAACACUGUAUGGAGAGCUUAUAGAAGUCCACCUGUCAUGCUGCAGUUUGAAGGUCAGAUAGAAGAGCUGAAGAAGGAGAAGAUGCUCUAUCAAAAACGUGCAACUCUCCAUUUCAGACAUCCUUUUAAAGUGCCCAUUUUGCAGAGCUUCCUUCUACAGGAGACAUUUACUGUUGACAAAAAGCAAAAGCACUAUUUCUUGGAAACAAAAGUUUUGAUAAAUGAGGUGAAGGAAACAGUUCAAACUCUGACACUUGGUUACCAACCUGAAAACCCGUAUAUUUGUGCUGGGUUAACCCAUCCUUAUAACUACAGCCUUUUCCCCAAAGAUGUUGAAAUAUGCAUUUUAACUCAAAGUCACCAAAAUGCAGAGCAUGAGCUUGAGACUACCUUGAAGGUCAGUAAGGAAGAUGUUUUCAGCUUUCUAGGGAGAUACCAGAACAAAUCCAGUGAGGCAGAUUUUAGACACCUUCUACACAUGGAUAUGACACAUUCAUUCCAGCUUGAGUUUCCACAAGCAGUGGGCCUAAGUGGGGAGCUGUUUUCCAGGCAGACUAAAUUGGAACACUUCGACUAUGGUGUGAGCAUAAAAGCCAUCAUCAACAAGAACAUGUCUUCACAGGCCCAGGCAGCCCUGAAGAGUUAUGGUGAGAGCAAUUUGAAUGGCUCUCUUUACCUUCAUUCCAAUGGAAGGGACAUGUUCCUGCUGGAGAUUGAUAUGAACAAUGAAAACAGGAAGAAUGCCAGAGCUGUGGAAUUGAGAGCUUUCCUCCAUCAGACAAUCCUGACAAACCCAGAAUCAAUACAGUUACAGCUCAUGGGCAAAGUACUUCCAUCAAGACUUUGGAUAUCUUCUGAGAUGAAGCUUAAUGAAAACAGGCUUUGCAUGGAUUUCAUGGGAGCCAAGGAGCAGAAAGUUGGUUUUGUUUUGUCCCUAAGUGGAAGAGUCCAACACACAUUUGCUGGAUUAAAGGCCAUACCUCAUCUUCUUUCUCUGAAUGGAUUACUGAAGUGCAAAAACAACAUUCAUGAUGGUAACAUCAGUGUGAUGGUCAACAGAACACUGUAUGGACUCCAUCUCAGGAACAGAAAUGUGUUUGGGAAUACCACCGUACGCAAUAUCACUUUUGCUGUGUUUCAGAAUGGCAGUCAGGCAAUCCCAAUGGAGGCAAAACUGAAAGGACACCUGGAGCUGAGUAAAGAGAUGAAAAGGGGGCUAGCUGUCUUCCAGGUGGAUGAGAAAGCCCUUUCUGUAGAUUUUUCCAAUAUCAUGAGUCAUGGGCACAGCAGAGUCAGUGGGACUUUCACACAUAAUAUCAGCUUUUUAAAAAAUGCAGGAUUGCCCUUGGAUGGCAUUCUCACUGCCAUGUGUGACCACGGCCCAAGAAAUCAGACCAUCACUAUAGCCCUGCAGAGUGGCAGUGAAAGGAUUGCUGCUGUGUUUGGAGGUCACAGAAUGCCAACAGAGCCUCAUAAAUCCCAGCUAUCUGCGAGUUUAAAGCACAACAUCUCAAAGAUAAAGAAACAUGGGAUCCCUUUUAUUGUGGAAGCUGCUGGCUAUUAUGAGAAUUUCACCAAAAAGAUUGCUGCAGGGAUAACAACCACAGUGGAAAUGGAACAACUCAAAAUUGAAAUAGAGAAGAAAACCACUGGCAGUGCUAUGGAAAUUUCUCUUUCACUUCACCAUGAUGUGGGAGGACUGAUGGACAUUGUUCCGCGUGUACUAGAGGUUGCUUGCAGUGGAGAAUCUGCUGACAAACAACUUUCUGGCCUUUGCAAUGGAGCAAUUGCACUUCAACAUUUUGAGGUACUGGCUUCAUGA